UGCCUCGAGCAGUGUUUGCGUCUGUCAUAAUCCUUGCUGGCUGCUCUCGCCUCGGGAAAAUCUCGCCACAGGAAAGGCCAACCCGCACACACUACAUCUUCGGGAGGUCGGAGAGCAAGCUCAGUCAGUCAGCAGCAGCAUCAUUCACGCAAACAAGAGCACAAAAAACAUCAUGGCCAGUGGAAAGUAUAAUUUUGCUAUCGACCGGGGAGGCACCUUCACCGAUGUCCUGUGCAUCACCCCCAGUGGGAACAUCCGUACACUUAAGCUGCUGUCCGAGGAUCCUGCCAACUAUCCCGAUGCCCCCACCGAAGGAAUUCGACGUAUUCUGGAGCAGGAGAUCGGUCCCCAGCGAUCCCAGACGUUGGACGGUCUCGUCAAUACCGAACUGAUCGGCUGGGUUCGGAUGGGUACAACGGUGGCCACCAAUGCGUUGCUGGAACGGGCCGGGGAUCCGGUGGCAUUGGUGGUGAAUCGAGGAUUUCGGGAUUUGCUCCAGAUAGGAAACCAGGCCAGGCCCAACAUUUUCCAACUGAACAUCCAAAAACCAUCGAACCUGUACCAGGAGGUUGUCGAAAUAAACUGUCGGCUGGUCCCGGCUCAGCGCACCAUUUGCCAGCUGGAUCAAAAUUGGACAGAACUAGCCGGAGCUGCGGAUGCCCGCUACCUGGAAAUGAUUCCCAUCGAUGAGGCCGAAAUUCGAACCCAACUUGCGGCCGUAUUGCAACGGGGCAUAACUUCGCUGGCCGUAGUUUUGGCACAUAGCUACGCCUGUCCCGAUCAGGAGGUCCGUGUCGGAGAAAUAGCGUUACAGUUGGGAUUCCAGCAUGUGACCUUGUCUCACAAAGCCAUGCCGAUGUGUCGAUUGGUUGCACGAGGGUUUACCGCUUGUGCCGAAGCUUACCUGACGCCACACGUCGAGCGCUAUUUGGCCAGUUUCAAGGCCGGAUUCAAGAAUCAACUGGAGGGAGUGGAUGUAUUGUUCAUGCAGAGCGAUGGUGGUUUGACCAGGAUGGAAAAUUUCCGAGGUGCCCGAGCUAUUUUGAGUGGACCAGCUGGAGGUGUGGUAGGUUAUGCAGUCACGGGUUCGCGGGACUCCGAAGGACUACCGUUGAUUGGGUUCGAUAUGGGAGGAACUUCUACGGAUGUAUCGAGAUUUGCUGGGACAUACGAUCAUGUGAUCGAGUCGACGACUGCUGGAGUGACCAUUCAAGCUCCUCAGUUGGAUAUCAACACGGUGGCCGCUGGUGGCGGUUCUAGAUUGUUCUUCCGAUCAGGCCUGUUUGUGGUUGGUCCCGAAUCGGCAGGAGCUCACCCUGGUCCUACGUGCUACAAAAAAGGUGGCCCUCUAACGGUUACCGAUGCCAAUUUGCUGUUGGGUCGAUUGCUCCCCGAAUACUUUCCGAAGAUCUUCGGUCCUAACGAAAAUGAGGCAUUGGACUAUAUGGCAAGUUUGGAGGCAUUCACAGUACUCCAACAGGAGAUAAACAAACAUUUGAUCGAAUCCGGAGAGCGUCAAUUUCCCCUCUCGCUGCAGGAAGUAGCUAUGGGCUUUAUAAGGGUUGCCAACGAAGCCAUGUGUAGGCCGAUUCGAGCUCUCACCCAAGCUCGGGGAUUGGACACCUCUAAGCACGUGUUGGCUUGUUUCGGAGGAGCAGGAGGUCAACACGCCUGUAGCAUCGCCAAAGAACUCGGCAUGAGCCGUGUCGUUAUUCAUAAGUACGCCGGUAUUCUGUCCGCCUAUGGUAUGGCCCUUGCAGAUGUUGUCCAUGAAGCUCAAGAACCUGCUGGAAUUGCAUUGGUCGAAGAAAAUCGAUUAACCAUUAAAGAAAAACUGGACGAACUGGGCACUUAUUGCAAGGAACAUCUCUCCAGACAAGGUUUUAGUGAAGAGUCUAUAGCUUUGGAACCAUACCUUCAUUUGCGUUAUGAAGGUACAGAUUGUGCGCUUAUGUGUUCUCCGGAUAAAGUCAUCAAUAACCAGUCCAACUACAUUUAUACCUAUGGUGAUUUUGAGAAGACGUUCUUUGAAAGAUAUCGAAGCGAAUUUGGGUUUGUUCUUGAAGGCCGACGUAUCAUUGUAGAUGAUAUUCGUGUUCGUGGUUCUGGAAAAUCUCCAGUUUACGAGGAGGCCAUUAUCGGCGAAGCAGAAGGACCAAUUUACCCCGAGAAAACAACAACGACAUUCUUCGAAGGGGGUACUCAAGUAACUCCCGUCUUAGACUGUUCAAAACUUCGUUGUGGUCAUACAAUCAAAGGACCAGCCAUUCUAAUCGAUAAACUAUCUACCAUCGUUAUCGAGCCAGAUUGUCAAGCUGUUGUCACUGCUACUGGUGAUCUGGUAAUUGAAAUCGGGUCAGAGAAUAGUGGCAAACAAAUCGACGAACGACUGGACGCUGUUCAGCUUAGUAUAUUCAAUCAUCGUUUCAUGAGUAUUGCUGAGCAGAUGGGCCGUGUCCUCCAACGAACGGCUAUCUCAACCAACAUCAAAGAGCGUCUGGAUUUCUCAUGCGCACUGUUCGGACCAGACGGUGGCCUUGUGAGCAAUGCUCCUCAUAUUCCGGUUCAUCUAGGUGCUAUGCAAGAAACCGUUCAAUACCAAAUCAAGGUCCGUGGAAACACCAUCAAGCCUGGCGACGUUAUCUUGUCCAAUCAUCCACAAGCCGGUGGAUCACACCUGCCCGACCUUACCGUUAUCACACCGGUCUUCUACCCAGAAAACCCUCAGCCAGUAUUCUACGUAGCUUCCCGGGGACACCAUGCAGAUAUUGGUGGAAUAACCCCCGGAUCGAUGCCACCCCAUUCAACGUCCCUGGCCCAGGAAGGUGCGGCCUUCAAAUCUUUUCUUCUCGUCGAUGGAGGAGUAUUCCAGGAGGCUGAAAUCACUCGCCGACUGACGACGCCAACCGAUGCACCGGGAGCCACCGGUACGCGUAAUCUGUCGGACAAUUUGUCCGACUUGAAGGCCCAGAUAGCCGCCAACCAGAAGGGAAUACAGCUGGUUGCGGAACUGAUCGACAGUUACAGUCUUAGCGUGGUGCAGGCCUACAUGGGCUACAUGCAGCAAAACGCUGAACUAGCCGUUCGGGACAUGUUGCGCGAAAUAGCGCGGGAGGCCAAGUUGAGAACCGGUUGUUCCGUUUUGGAUGCCGUCGAGUUUAUGGACGAUGGUUCUCCAAUAAGAUUACGCGUGUCGAUCGACGAACAUGAAGGCGCAGCCAUUUGUGAUUUCAGCGGAUCCGGUCCCGAAGUUUACGGUAACUGUAACGCUCCCCGUGCCAUCACACUGUCAGCCCUGAUCUAUUGCCUGCGGUGCAUGGUUGGUCACGACAUUCCACUGAACCAGGGAUGUCUGGCACCGAUCAAAGUGAUCAUACCGGAUAAAUCGAUCCUGGAUCCCUCGGACGAUGCAGCGGUUGUGGGUGGUAACGUUCAAACGUCUCAGCGCAUUGUCGAUACCGUAUUGAAGGCAUUCCAAACGUGUGCAGCUUCGCAGGGCUGCAUGAAUAACAUCACCAUUGGUGAUGAGCAGUGGGGCUACUAUGAAACGGUGGCCGGUGGAAGUGGUGCCGGUCCGGGUUGGCAUGGUACCGGAGGGGUUCACACUCAUAUGACCAACACUAGGAUCACCGACCCGGAAAUUCUGGAACUACGUUAUCCUAUAAUAUUGAAGAAGUUUUCCCUUCGAGACGACCAUUCGGGCGGGAUUGGACUGUACUGUGGGGGCGAAGGUGUCCACCGAGAGAUGCUAUUCCGUAAACCGAUGACUCUGUCCGUGCUUACGGAAAGACGAACCCUGCAGCCGUACGGAAUGGCCGGAGGAGGUCCAGCCAAGUGUGGGCUAAAUUUACUGAUUAAGAAAGAUCGCGUCAUCAACCUCGGGUGUAAAACGGCAGUCAAGGUUGAUACGGGGGACGUUUUCUCCAUGAAAACGCCGGGUGGUGGCGGAUAUGGCAAGCCCUCGUCGAAUGCAUUCCCCUUGUUAAAUCUGGUUGAUGAUGAUCCGAUGAAGGGUUUUGUCGAGCGCGGGUCGCUGUUCGAGUACCGAAUGGCUCAGGAGUCCGUUUGAUGGCACGACGUUGGGUUUAAUUUUAAUUUUUAUCUUGUUUUAAUGGUUGUUCUGAUUAUCAUCGUAAUCGUUAUGUUUAAAUAGGAAUAGUUAAUGUUUUUGCAGUGGCAUCAUAUGAGGGAAAGUCAUCGAAGUUGUUAACAAUCGAUUUUUGUGAUCCAGUUACCUACUACAUCUCCAUAGAACUAAUUGACCAAAAUUAUUGUGCCGAAACAAAAAAUAAGGAAUCAGAAUACCUAGUUACUUAAAAAAUGUAUCAAGUUUUCUUAUUCUCAAUUUCUAUGCGCUAACAUAAACCAUAAUCGAGGAGUGCCAAUUAUUUACUUAGUCGCGUAGAAUAGAUAAGAGUUUUGAAACGUAACAGUUUGCAAUUUCGGGUACCUUAUUAUAAUACAGAUGCAUUGCAUCAACCGGUGAGUGAACCAAAUAUAAGAGUAGAAAAUUAUUAAAACAAUUAACAAAAAGAAACAAUCAUCAUCGUAAUCGAACAGUUAUAGCAAUCGCAUUAACAAAAAAAAAACCCACAGAGGAUAGAAACUAAAGUGUUCCGAUUUUUUUCUCUCGAUCGAAAGGUAGGAUUUGAAAAGCGUUUAUAUACAUUGCUUUCUAACUUAUACAACAUUUGCAGAUGAAUUGUAUAAGUAUAGGUAAUCAAAAGCGAUUGAUUAGCACCAAGUAAUAGUAGUAUAAAUUUCCAAACUUAUUUACCGUUCGAAUUCAUAUUUGCGCGCACAAAACUAGAGUUAAUUAUAGCAGACAGUGGUAGAUUCCUUC